AUGCCGAAUGCAUUCUCUGACUCUCCGACAAGACUGGUAGUACCAGGGUCUUGUUUUGAAAAACAUGAGGCAGUGCUGCGAGGGGGCGAGGCCCAGCUCCCCAGGGCCAGAGCUCAGGCAUACUUCCGACAGGGUGUUGCCCUUCAGUACCUUGGUCGCCAUGCCGACGCGCUGGCCGCCUUUGCCUCGGGGCUGGCCCAAGACCCCAAGAGCCUGCAGCUACUGGUGGGCAUGGUGGAGGCUGCCAUGAAGUCCCCACUACGAGAGUCACUGGAACCCACCUACCAGCAGCUGCAGAAGAUGAAACUGGACAAGAGUCCGUUCGUGGUGGUGUCAGUGAUUGGUCAGGAGCUGCUGACAGCAGCCCACCAUACCGCCUCCGUGGUGGUACUGGAGUCCGCAUUAAAGAUCGGCACCUGCAGCCUCAAGCUGCGCGGCUCCGUCUUCUCAGCCCUCAGCAGUGCCCACUGGUCCCUGGGCAAUACCGAGAAGAGCACCGGAUACAUGCAGCAAGACCUGGAGGUCUCCAAAACACUAGGUGACCAAACAGGUGAAUGUCGUGCCCAUGGCAACCUGGGCUCAGCAUUCUUCUCCAAGGGGAACUACCGCGAGGCCCUGACUAACCAUCGCCACCAGCUGGUCCUGGCCAUGAAGCUCAAGGACAGGGAGGUAAGAGACUGAGACACACAGGGCCCACAGCUCACUGUCCUCCAUCUAAUACCCCUGGGAGUUUUUUCUGAUCUUUUCCAGGUGGUAGAAUGUAAGGUAAAUCUAUCAUGUAGUUUUAGGUUAUCUUCUGCUUUAGGAGGAGGGGUGAGGGCAUGUGGGGAAUGGAUGGCUGGUGUCUUUUCUCUGCUUCCGUUAGUGGUUGUAAUAGUGGUGUGUCCUGCAGCUUUCCUCUCCUCUGUCUUGGUUGUUCAGAGGGUGAAUCAAGGGUAAGACUGAAAGGCAGGAAUGCUCUGCUGCUGGUUCUCCCGUCCGAGAUAGAGAGAUAGAGAGGGAUGGCAAGUGGGUUCGGAGGACAAAUGAAGGUGACGAGACAAAUGAGAGAGAGAGGUGAAGAGACCAAGGGGAGGGCCUUAAGUAACAGCUUGUGCUCCUCAUUAUCAAUGCAAAACAUUUAUGCAGAUAUUAUGCAUAUAUUUAUCCUGUUCAUGUUUCAGUACAACUGGGGUUUUGGCAACAUAUGCUACUUAAUGAAUGUAAUUUGCACAGAUUAAGGUGUUUGGAUAUGAAAUAGAGGGAGAAAGACAAAAACAAAAGGACAAGAGAGAAAAAAAAACACAAAUGAGGGAGAGAGAUAAAACCACAGAUGAGGGAGGAAAAAACAAUAGAUGAGGGAGGAAAAAAAACAAUAG